AUGGCAGGCGAUCAAUACAACCUGAAGACGGCGGCCUCAUAUAUCAACAACCUCCUCCUGGCCCGGGGACUACUUCGCGAUGGCAAACCAAUUGAGUUUGCGCAUCCGUCGCGAGCGGAGGGGGGGAAGGAGGUCACAAUGUCGCAAAUAAUCAAUCUAGUCCACGAUCUUAUCCUCAAGAGAGAUCGCGAUCAAGAACACCGCGAAUCCAUUGCCGCAACGCUUCGAACCCUUCGCACCGAAGCGACACGACAGACGCUCGCCCUCGAGAAGGCACAAACGCGCAAUGAGGAUCUUUCGCGGCAGCUAUCUCUCGCUCAGUCGCAGGAGAGAUCCGCUCGCGCUGCAUUGCGCACUGCGGAAUCCUCAGCAAGGAGCUUGAGGGAGGAGAUGCUACGACUCAAAACUACGGUCCAGCAAGUGCGGACGAGUUGCGCGAACGACAUCAGGAAACGAGACAUACAGAUGCAAAGGCUGAAGAGUCACUUGACGAGUCAACAGCGUGGCAACAAGACGGGCCUAGUGGGCGCGAGCAUCACUAUCAAUCCGGGCAAUAUGGGCUUGGGCGCAAUGGGCAGUACAAGGGAUGAUGCGCCAGACGUUGAGGACCCAGAGUACAGCUUGAAGCAGGAGACGACUGAGUUCCUGACUCAACUGAGUCAAAGCUUGAGCGAUGAGAACGACAACCUCAUAGGCUUGGUUAGGAGCACACUGAUGACUUUGAGGGAAGUACAAGGCAUGCCCGAGGCGCAGCGAUUAGAUGAGGGCGAGGGUCUGUCAACAAUAGGCGAAGAGGAAGAAGCGUCACGAGAGGGAAUGUUGCAAGCUUUGCCGACGAGCUAUGAGGCACUGGCUACGGACAUGGACGGUGUGCUCGACAACCUGAAGAAUCUCCUUACCAACCCCAACUUCGUGUCUCUAGAGGAGGUCGAGAUGCGUGAGGAGGAAAUCGUCAAACUAAGAACGGGCUGGGAGACGAUGGAAGCAAGAUGGCGAGACACUAUGGCGCUGAUGGAUCGCUGGAGGAAGCGCAUAGCCAGUGGAGAUAAUACGAUCAAUCUCGAGGAGCUCAAGCUAGGUAUGGGCUUAGGAGCAGGUCUGGAAAAUUUCCACAGGGAAGAUGAAUCCCUUAGUGCCGCGGAAGAGGAGGAUGCAAGCUCCGUCUUCGACGAGGUGGUCGACGAGCCAGAGGUUGAAGAUCCUCCCUCUCCCGAGGCAGAUGAUGUGCCAGAGCGAACAUCUGCCUCAGACAUAUUCAAGUUGAAGCUGCAGCCAACGCAACCGGCGCUUAGGGAGGGAAGCGGCAACGUCAAGUCACCUGCGAAAUCCCCGCGCAAAGUUGCGUUCUCUGCAUCCAUCCCCAACACACCCUCUCAGAUAGAGAUUGAGAAUGCAGACGCAUCUGAGCUAGACGGUGAAGAGGUCAGCAAGCCGUCGCGCCCAACGUCUACCUCGAAGCUGUCUACAACACUAUCAGUCGAGCGGACGUCCAGACCGACAAGUCAGGACUCCCGCAACCCCCGCCAUGUACGUUGCGACAAAAUUGCCGAUCGUCUCGAAAAGAUGGCCAGCAAUGUCACAUUUCCUUUCACCCAUUCAUUUUCUUCUUCUCUUUCUUACUCCUCUCUGUCUCUCUUCGACCUAACCACAGAUCCCGACGUUGACGACAUGCAGGCCAAGAAACGGCAUUCGAGUCCACACGCCCACCCCGACGAACCUUCUCCAAAAUUAACAGUGCAAGACAAGCUCAAGGUGGCUCAGGCGGAAGCGGAAGCAGCCGCCCUUGCCGAAGGAUUGAACUCAGAGGCAACAGCGAAUGAAGGUAACGGCGUCGGUGGGGACGAAGAUGCAGAACGUAGCAAACAGCAGCAGCAGCGCCGCUCACCUGCAAAGAGGACGCGCAUCGGUGGACGUCCAAAGCGGAGAAAGAGCACGCUGACACCUGAAGAGCUGGGCAACUUGAUGGGACUUUGA